CUGUACUUAUCUUUUAAUUUUUCCUUCCCCUCAAGGCACAGAAAUCUCUCUCUGUCAGGUUACAAAAAAGCAGUUGUCUGGAUUGCAGAAAUCAGCUCCCAGUUCCAGUUUUACCCAAAAACAUUUGCUUUAGCCACCAGCAUCUUCAACAGGCUGUUGGUAUCAGUAAAGGCCCAAUUAAAAUAUCUGCAGUGCAUUGCCAUUUCCUGCCUUGUCCUUGCAGCAAAAAACAAUGAAGAUGAGGUAAUACCAUCAGUGCAGAUGCUAGAGAUGCAGAGCAGAUGUAAACACUCUCCAGCUGACAUGUUAAGAAUGGAAAGAGUUACACUGGAUAAGCUUCAGUGGGAUCUUUACACAGCAACACCAAUGGAUUUCUUACACAUUUUCCAUGCCAUGGUGAUGUCCAGCUGGCCCCAUCUCCCACCCAGACUGCCUUAGAGGAAUCCUUCCCUCCACGUUGCACUCUUGACCAAGCAGCUGCAGCACUGUAUGGCCUGCCACCAACUCGUGCAGUUUAAGGGCUCCACGUUGGUUUUGGUGAUCAUCACUUUGGAACUGGAGAGGCAGACUCCUGGUUGGUUUCCUGUUAUUACUGAUCUGCUAAAAAAAGCACAGGUGAACAGUACCAAAUUCAUCCACUGCAAAGAGCUUGUGGAUCAAGAGUUAAUGUGCUUGCAGCCACCCAAUACUGUUUUUAUUUUCUAUCAUAGCCAAGCUGUGCAGGGCCAUCCCAAGACAAGGCUACCCUGCCAUCACCCUUCUGAAAGGAAGAGUUCCCAUCAGGGGAGGUAGAGGGUUGCUGUAAGCCAGCCUGUUUCAGCACCUUUCACACCAAGUAAAGCCCAAAUUCCUGAUCAAACCAUUGGGACUCAAGAGUGCUUCAGACACCUGCACAGUGAGGGUGGGGAAGUGAGCGCUGGGAGGAUGAACACAGGGGGCUCAUGCCCACAACAGAGCUGCCUGUCCUCCCUUACAGCCAACCAAAAAGGACUGGUGGAGAAUUAUUGCCUUGGAAGCAGCUCCUGCAGAACCAGCAGGUCCCAGCAAACACAACAGCCAAAACAACAGGGCAAAAGUGUCUCUGUGCUUCUCAGAGGAUAA